AUGCAAUAUAAAAGACUAGGAAAAUCAGGAUUACAGGUCAGUCAGCUUUCCUUUGGAUCUUGGGUAACAUUUGGCAAUCAAAUUAGUGAUAAAACUGCAGAAGAUUUAAUGGACUUAGCUUAUGAUAAAGGUGUCAAUUUUUUUGAUAAUGCUGAAGUCUAUGCCUAUGGAAAGUCUGAAAAAGUAAUGGGGAAUUUUGAAAAAAAGAAAUGGCCUAGAAGCUCAUAUAUUGUUUCAAGCAAGGUGUUUUUUGGAGAUGGUGGGAAAAGGCCAAAUCAAACUGGACUCAAUAGAAAGCAUAUUUUUGAUGCUUGUCAUGCUGCGCUAAAAAGACUUCAAGUUGAAUAUUUAGAUUUAUUUUUCUGUCAUCGACCAGAUAAAAAUGUUCCUAUGGAGGAAACCGUUUGGGCGAUGAACCACUUGAUUCAGCAGGGUAAGAUUCUAUAUUGGGGCACCUCAGAAUGGUCGGCUCAAGAAAUCAUGGAAGCACAUAUGGUCGCGAAAGACUACAGACUUAUCGGACCUACUAUGGAACAACCCCAAUACAAUAUGUUUCACAGGCAAAAGGUAGAAGUAGACUAUCACAAAAUUUAUUCUACAGUCGGACUAGGUACGACCAUUUGGUCUCCUUUAGCCUCCGGUACUUUGACGAAUAAAUAUAUUGGGAAAUAUCCUAAAAAUACAAGAAUGAGUCUUGAAGAUCUACAAUGGUUAAAAGACCGAUCACUUACGCCUGACCGACUAGAAAAGAUUAGAUCGUUAAAUGAAAUUGCACAAGAACUGGAUACGACUUUAGCAAAACUAGCUAUAGCUUGGUGUGCAAAAAAUGAAAACGUAAGCACUGUUAUUCUAGGCGCAUCAAAAGUAAGUCAGCUUAAAGAAACCUUGACUUCUUUAGAUGUCAUGCCUAAAAUUAAUGAUGAAAUAAGUCAAAAAAUUGAAGACGUUUUGGAUAAUAAACCAGCUAUGCCUCUUUUUUAG